GCAUCGAAAAGUCAGCGACCUCCUGCGGAUGUGGGAAGAGCGGAUUCAGAAGCAGGCUCAACAUUUCGAUGCCUUUGCAGAGCAAAUCUUAAGAUUCGACACCGACGUCAUUGCGAACGCAGCCAAGGUCAAGGUCCUGCGUGAAGAGCACGCGCAGCUGAAAGCCAGACAAGAGCUCGCGGAUCGGUCCAUUCAGCAGAUUUGGGAGCAGCAGGACUCAUUGGGCCGCCUCCUUGCAAGCUUGACCGAGGCUCUCCGAACUCAGCCGCAGCAGGCAGACGAGGCAGCGGGCAGUGCAGCCGCUCCGGUGCGUGCCCACCAGCGUUCUCUUGGGUUGACCAUGCAGCUGGACGAGUUGGAGCGCCAGGCAGAAGACUUGGCCCGGGAGACUGGAAAGGUGCAGUCCAACCUGUACAAGGAGCCGCUCACAACAGUCGUGCGGGUGCUUGAUGCCCAUGCAAGUGCGCUGGACGCCAUCCAAAAUCAGGUUGGCUCCGUCACUCAGCGGAUCCAAGCUAUCGAGGGUGCCCUGUGA